AUGUCUGUCCUCGAUCAUAAUGAAGACCUUUGUUCAAGUCCUCGUGUAGCAAAUUCAUUAGUCUUAAUAAGCAAAAGAAAUCUACAGAAUGAGGAUGAUGAAUUCUUGACAAAUUUUAAAACUAAGCAAUCUCAAUUUCAUAUGCUUGAAAAAAUAAAGAUUUCCAACGAUCCAAGUGAGUAGAGUAUCCUCUCAUAAGAUGAUUCUGAUGAGUUUGAAAACAAAUAAGGCUUUAAAAACCGGAUUUGGAAAGAAAGAGCACUCAACAUAAUAGUUCUUGUAGCCAGGUUUGUUACGUACUUAUUAACUAAUUCUGAUAAAUUUAAACUCAGAUAUCUAGAUCAUAGACAAUUCAAAGUAAUUGGGGAUUAAGCAGCUGAUUUUAAUUUCUAUUUAACCCACAAACUAAUAAGAGCCAGAGAAAAAGGAGGAUCAUGGCAAUUAUUCCAAACAAAACUAAAAGUAUAUAUGAGUUUCUUGAGCGUAUUCUCUUCUGUUAUUAAGCCAAUAAAACCAGAUAAUGUACUAAAAUUAUAAUGGGAUGUUGUAGUAUUUUUAAUUCUGUUGAUCAACAUAUUUUACAUACCACUUAAGAUCUCUUUUGAUAUAACGGUGGUGGAUGGUGUUGAUAUAUUCCUUGACACUUUGCCUUAGUAUGUGUUUUUGUUUGAAAUUUUGUUGAACUUUAAUGUUGCCUAUUAUUCCAGAGGAGUGCUUGUUUUGAAUCGAGGAUAAAUAUUUAAGCAUUACCUAAAAGGAAAAUUUAUUUUGGACUUCAUAGUGAUAAUCCCCUUUAUGAUUGGUAGAUAAAAUAUUCCAUACAUAGAAUUUGUGCUAUUAUUUAGAGUAUCAAGAGUUAUGCAUAUUUUUGAAAAUAUCGUUGAAACACUUAAUCUAAGAGUUAAUUUUGCCUCGACAGUUGAUAUUAUUUCUCUAAUGUCGACAUUUUUGUUUGCAUCUCAUGUCAUAGCUUGCUUUUGGCAUUUUAUUGCAAUUUAAGAAAUGGAAUUUGAAAAUAAUACUUGGAUACAGAGGGCAUAAUUAUAAGACGAUAAUUGGUAAACAAGAUAUAUCACAAGUUUCUAUUGGGCUUGUAUAACAACUUUAACAAUAGGAUAUGGAGACAUAAUUCCAGUAACCUAAUAUGAAAAGGUUUUUGUAAUUUUAGUUACAUUAUUGAGUUCAAUAAUUUUUGGUUACACUAUUUCUAGUAUAGGAGCUAUUUUUGCUUAAAUGAGCGAAAAUAAAAACUAUCUUAGAGAUAGAAUGACAAUGAUAGAUUCAUUCCUAAAAAAACGAGGUUUAAACAAAGAUUUAUAGGUCAAAGUGAAGAAGUUUUUUGAGUAUUAUCUCAAAUAGGAAAGAGAUAUGGAAUCAGAAUGCGAAAAGUUAAUGAUUCAUCUAUCAGGAAAUCUCAAUAAAGAGGUUAAAAUAGACUUUUAUAAGAACAUUUUAUUGAAUUCAAAAUUAAUCAGAUAAAACUUUUCUUAAUAAUUUAUCGAAAAGUUAUGCAUUUUGGUCAAGGAGUAAACCUUUGUACCAGAAGAGAUCAUCUCUAUUGAAGGAUAAAAAGUCGAUCGAAUAUACUUUAUUUUAAAAGGCGAAGUUGAAGCUUAUAUUAGCAACAAUAAAAUUAUUAAAAUAUAUCAGCGAAAUUAAGCUAUCGAUGAAAAGUCAUUUAUUUCUUAACAUCCUGCUUUAUUUUCAACAAGAGCGGUUAAAUUUUAUAAAUUGGCUUACAUUACAUAUGAUGAUCUUUUGGAUCUAUUAAAAUAUAAUCAAAGAGACAGAGAACAUUUCUAUUAUGUAAAACAUUAGAUUGAAUUCAAUGGGAGGGUUAAAUUAGGAGGAUGUGAAUUAUGUCGAUAAAAUCAUACUUUUAUUCGAUGUCCUUUUGUAUUUUAUACUCCUAAUUACCUGAGAUUAUUUAAAAAGAACGAUCAUGGCGAAAAAUAACAAAGAAGAUCUAUAGGUAGAAUAAGAAAGAAUGACAAAAUUCAUAAUAACACUUUUGGACAAUUGAGAAAUUUCUAGGCUUCAGCAUUCAAUUUCUGUGCUUAAAAAGGUUAUUUGAAUGAAUUGGGACCUAAUUCUGAAUUCAUUGUCUCUAAUAAGUUCCAAAUGCAAUAAGAUUCAGAAUAGGAAGGAAGCGACUCAAACUCUUUAUUGGAAUCAGACAAAAGGAUUCGUUCACAGAAUUUAUUGUUAAUUAAAAGGGAAUCAAAACGGAAAGAAUCGGAUCUAUAGAAUAAUAACGAGGACAAAUCAAAUAAGUCAAAAAAAAGGCAAACUAGAACUUCUCUCCAAAAAAACGCUUAAUACAAAACUUGUGGAACGCAAGAAAGAGAUUCCAAUCCAAUCGAUAGAAAAAUUAAAUAAAGUGUUAAAAGAGGAACCGUGAUAAUAAAUUAAAUCAAAAUGGAUUAAGGUGAAAUCAUUGAGGAAGAAUUCAACAUUCUAUAACCAACUCCAUAAUAGCAAGUAUAAUAAUAAAUAACUUAACAGCAAUAAUAAUAGCAAAUGUAAUAAUAAUCAAUUUAACUAUAAUCCUAUUCUUCAUACUAAACAAAAUCUUAUGAUGUAGAUUAAGUAUUGUUAAUAGAAAUAGAAAUUGCUUAAUUAAUGAUUGCCAAAGAAUUUCAAAUAGAUGCAUAAACAGAUAUGGAAUUUUAUGAUACAGGAUUUAAUUUAGAAUCAGUUGUGGCCAAAUUGAAGAAGAUAAAGAAAAUACCAAUAAAAUUAAAAAAAAGAAAAAUUAAGAAGGUAGCUUCUUAGUCUAUUCGGCAUAUUAGUCAAACAAGAUCUUGA